GGAGCGACUAACCGGAAGUCCCAAAAAGGAAAACCUGUUGUUUGCCAGACUUGACACAUGCCGACCACUUCUGAGACCUUCAAUGUUCGCAAGGAUUAUUCCUCAAAGUAACACUAAUUUUUUCCGUGUAACAACAAUCUUGCACAUACAUUCAGGGUCCACCAUGGAGCCUGCCGUGCACCAGGUUCGGCAUAAAGUCUUCCAGGCCCUCCACAGAAUUUCUCUGCUUUCCCGAAGGAGCCACUCUGUCUGUGCCGAGCGUUUGCCUACUCCUGCCUCCUCGCAGCCUCGGCAGAUAAAACCGCUCCUGGUGUCUCGUCUUUACCAGCCUUCAAACCUGCGCGACAUGGGUCCUGACAGCAGAAUGCAAGGAGAAUUGACUUGUAAGAGCCAGAGACUCAUGCAGAAAGCUGGACUUAUUUGUCCUUCCAAUCCAGGCUGCUACUACUACCUUCCUGCGACUGUGCGAUCGAUGGAGAAACUGGUGAGAGUGAUUGACCAGGAGAUGCAGCAGAUCGGCGGGCAGAAGAUAGACAUGCCCAGUUUGUGCUCAGCUGAUCUCUGGAAAACCAGUGAGCGUUGGGACCUAAUGGGAAAGGAGCUCUUCCGUCUGAAAGAUCGCCAUGAUGCUGACUACUGUUUGGGUCCCACGCAUGAGGAGGCCGUGACCACUCUGGUGGCUCACCAGGUCACCCAGUCCUACAGACAACUCCCUCUGCUGCUGUACCAGAUCACUCGUAAAUUCCGAGACGAGCCAAAGCCAAGGUUUGGUCUUCUACGUGGACGGGAGUUCUACAUGAAGGACAUGUACUCUUUUGAUGUGAGUGAGGAAGCUGCUUAUGAAACGUACGAGUCCGUGUGCCACGCGUACACUCAGGUCUUCGCACGACUGGGCCUGCGGUGCGUUCAAGUCCAGGCCGACACCGGGAACAUAGGUGGAAAACUCUCCCACGAGUUCCAGUUGCCUGCGGACAUUGGCGAGGACAGGCUUCUGGUGUGUGGCAGCUGCUCAUUCUCGGCUAACGUCGAGACCAUGGUGUCGGACAGAACUGACUGCCCCCGAUGCAAAAAGAAUACACUCGUUGAGUCCAAGGGCAUUGAGGUGGGCCACACUUUUUACCUGGGCAAAAAGUACUCCAAUGUGUUCAACGCCACCUUCAUCAAUGCCCAGAACAAAGCGAGUGUUGCGGAAAUGGGCUGCUACGGCCUCGGAGUGACGCGUAUCCUCGCUGCGGCCGUUGAGGUGAUGUCGACUGAUGAAUGUAUUCGCUGGCCAGGUCUUCUCGCACCCUACCAGGUGUGUGUUUUACCCCCCAAGAAGGGCAGCAAGGCUGAUGAGGCGACGGCCGUGACUGAGGAGCUCCUUCAAACUUUAGGAGAGACUUUGCCUCAUUUGAGAGGUGAGGUUGUUCUUGAUGACCGCACCCAGAUGACCAUUGGGAAGAGGCAAAAGGACGCCAGCCGACAGGGUUACCCUUAUGUCAUUGUGGUCGGGCAGGGGGCACUAGAUCACGUUCCCAAGUUUGAGGUCAUCUGUCAACAAACAGAUGAGACAAUGUUUCUUAGUAAAGAGGAAGUCCUACAACUUUUGGGGAAACUGGAAACCAUUUAACUAAAAAUAAGGUGUAAAUUGUAUUUAAUGUUCAAUUUAGGGCUGCACGAUUAUGGCCAGAAUAAUAUUCACAAUUUUUUAAUCAGUAUUGAAAUAAUGAUUAUUAAGCAAGUUUACUGUAUUUUCUGGGCUAUAUAGCGCACCGGUAUUGAAGCCGCACCCACCAGAUUUUAGAAGAAAUAAAUGUGGUUACAUAUAGUAGUCCCACCGGACUAUAAGCCGCAGAUAUACAAUGGUACGAAAGAUUUUGUAAAUGUUUAUUUAACUGUUGCCAAACAGUGCCAGUCACACAGCCGUAACGAGACAGAAGUCAUUGUCACGGAACUGUUAGCUGCGCAAACUAGCUCUCUAAUCCGCUAAAAGACUCAAUAACUACGGUGAUGUUUAGGUGAAUUUACAAAACUGAAAAAAAUGCAAAAAGAAUGCCAUUGUAAGUUAAUAAUAGUAACACAGACACUUAGUGUUAGCGUAAUCGCUAAUGCUAACAUCACUAGCCUGAUUACAUUAUGAUAGCAUGUAGAAAUAUGCAUGAAAACACUCCUACAGACGGUUUAGCGAGUAUGAUUUUUUUAGUUGUAUUGUAAAACUUCCAUCCAUCCAUCCAUUUUCUACCGCUUAUUCCCUUUCGGGGUCGCGGGGGGCACUGGCGCCUAUCUCAGCUACAAUCGGGCGGAAGGCGGGGUACACCCUGGACAAGUCGCCACCUCAUCGCAGGGCCAACACAGAUAGACAGACAACAUUCACACUCACAUUCACACACUAGGGCCAAUUUAGUGUUGCCAAUCAACCUAUUUCGAGCAAUUUCCCAACAUUUGUUGAUAUUGAUCCAUCCAUCCAUCCAUUUUCUACCGCUUAUUCCCUUUCGGGGUCGCGGGGGGCGCUGGCGCCUAUCUCAGCUACAAUCGGGCGGAAGGCGGCGUACACUCUGGACAAGUCGCCACCUCACCGCAGGGCCAACACAGAUAGACAGACAACAUUCACACUCACAUUCACACACUAGGGCCAAUUUAAUGUUGCCAAUCAACCUAUCCCCAGGUGCAUGUCUUUGGAAGUGGGAGGAAGCCGGAGUACCCGGAGGGAACCCACGCAUUCACGGGGAGAACAUGCAAACUCCACACAGAAAGAUCCCUAGCCUGGAUUUGAACCCAGGACUGCAGUACCUUCGUAUUGUGAGGCAGACGCACUAACCCCUCUCCCACCGUGAAGCCCUAUUGUAAAACUUACAAAACGUGAAAUUAUAAAUGAAGAAUUAUUUCGAGCAGAACACUGUGGACGAAAACUUCCGGUUCAAGAACUAAAACAGGAAGUACAGUUUCAAUCGGCAGGACCUGCAGUGAGCAAACUCGUCCAAAAUAUGGCGCCAUUGCACAACCAAUAACACACCUUUUCAGUGUCUCUGUCGGUUUUCUAUACGAAAACUGUUGAAUACAAAACAUUGGGAAAUUAACAAAAAUCCAUAAAUUUGCUGCAAUGUUUUAAAAGCUGCAGGGUUCAAUACGUGGGAAAAAAGUAGCGGCUCACAGUCCGGAAAAUACUGUAGUCAUCGUGUUAGGUAAAACGUACUUUUUCACACAGGUCAGCAAUUGACUUACAGUUAUGAUGUCCUGGUGGUGGGAGGUGUGUGAAUGCAUUUAUGAUCAUGAUGGUGUAAAAUAAUAACCUGCUCAAACAUUGCAUAAACGUAAGCAUCAACAGACAUUUUCCCGCUCACUUCCAGUUGCAAUUUGCUGCAGAAAUAACUAGAAUGAGCAGCCAUUUGCGCAGCUGAGAAUCAGAAUGAGAAUAGUUUUUAUUGCCAUUGUUUGAGAACGGGUUCACAAACUAGGAAUUUUAAUUGGUGCAAUUGUGCAACAUAAAACACACAUAACAGAAUAAAAUAACAUGAGCUUGUAACUGAGCUAUCAGAUCUUGUUAUUGUUCAUGGGGCAGCGAAGUGAAUGCCAGCCAUGACUUGGAGAAGUACUCAGAAAACAAGGCUAUUGUUCAGAAAAAGAGCUAACUCUUAUCCAGUUGACACAACCGGCAACACACUGCUUGGCACUCGGCAUCAAGGGUUGGAAUUGGGGGUUAAAUCACCAAAAAUGAUUCCCGGGCGCGGCACCGCUGCUGCCCACUGCUCCCCUCACCUCCCAGGGGGUGAUCAAGGGUGAUGGGUCAAAUGCAGAGAAUAAUUUCGCCACACCAAGAGUGUGUGUGUGACAAUCAUUGGUACUUUAACUUUAACACAUGUAAUCCUUUCAAAAAGUACCACCCUAUGAUUGUACGGAAAUUAUGAGCGGAUUCUGUACAACUUCUUCCUACAAACAGCACAUGUAGCAGAUUAGCAGUUUAGCUGCUACUAGCAAUGUGACCAGGGUUUUGACUUCAAACUACUGCCAUCACUAUUAUUAUUAAAGAUGAUCAUUUGAGGCUUCACGGUGGCAGAGGGGUUAGUGCGUCUGCCUCACAAUACGAAGGUCCUGCAGUCCUGGGUUCAAAUCCAGGCUCCGGAUCUUUCUGUGUGGAGUUUGCAUGUUCUCCCCGUGAAUGCGUGGGUUCCCUCCGGGUACUCCGGCUUCCUCCCACUUCCAAAGACAUGCACCUGGGGAUAGGUUGAUUGGCAACACUAAAUGGUCCUUAGUGUGUGAAUGUGAGUGUGAAUGUUGUCUGUCUAUCUGUGUUGGCCCUGUGAUGAGGUGGCGACUUGUCCAGGGUGUACCCCGCCUUCCGCCCGAUUGUAGCUGAGAUAGGCGCCAGCGCCCCCCGCGACCCCAAAAAGGGAAUAAGCGGUAGAAAAUGGAUGGAUGGAUGAUCAUUUGAAAGCAGUAAUGGUGUUGGAUGAGGCAAUGUGUUUAUUUUGAGUCUUGAAUCAAUCCGUAAACACUCAAAACUUUAUUUUCUAUUUUUAUUUUUUACAUUUGCCUUACUUUUAAGUUAACAUUUAAAUAUUUUUCUGUGUUCAUCGUAUUUAAUUUGCUUUAGCUGAGAUAGGCGCCAGCGCCCCCCGCGACCCCGAAAGGGAAUAAGCGGUAGAAAAUGGAUGGAUGGAUGGAUUUACUUAGUAUGUCAAUAAACUUUAUCUAACCUUUUGUUUAUUUAAUUUUUAGCACAGAUAGUUUGUUGACAACAAUAUAAAAAAAUUGUAGUAUUAAUCAAUUUUGGAUGAACAAAUAAAGUGUGAUAAUUAUUCUACUAUAUCGCCUAGCCCUAAGUGAAUUGACAUGUCAUUUGUAAUUAAAUAGUUUAAUAAAAAUGCUAAAUAAAUGUCCAUAUAUUUAAAGAUA